ACAACACCAACAACUGUAACAAAUUCAACACCUAUUGCUACAACACAUCCAAACACCACAAUACCCACAAUGUCACCAACAUCUGCAGUUACUAACUCAACAACAGUUACUACAGCACCAACAACUGUAACAAAUUCAACACCUAUUGCUACAACACAUCCAAACACCACAACUACCACAAUGUCACCAACAUCUGCAGUUACCAACUCAACAACAGUUACUACAGCACCAACAACUGUAACAAAUUCAACACCUAUUGCUACAACACAUCCAAACACUACAACACCCACAUCAUCACCAACAUCUGCAGUUACCAACUCAACAAUAGUUGCUACAACAGGUGUGAACACAACAAAAGUUACUACAACUCCAAUAACUGUAACAAAUUCAACACCUAUUGCUACAACACAUCCAAACACUACAACACCCACAUCAUCACCAACAUCUGCAGUUACCAACUCAACAACAGUUACUACAGCACCAACAACUGUAACAAAUUCAACACCUAUUGCUACAACACAUCCAAACACCACAACUACCACAAUGUCACCAACAUCUGCAGUUACCAACUCAUCAACAGUUGCUACAACAGGUGUGAACACAACAACAGUUACUACAACACCCAUAACUGUAACAAAUUCAACACCUAUUGCUACAACACAUCCAAACACCACAACACCCACAUCAUCACCAACAUCUGCAGUUACCAACUCAACAAUAGUUGCUACAACAGGUGUGAACACAACAACAGUUACUACAACACCAACAACUGUAACAAAUUCAACACCUAUUGCUACAACACAUCCAAACACCACAAUACCCACGAUGUCACCAACAUCUGCAGUUACUAACUCAACAACAGUUACUACAACACCAACAACUGUAACAAAUUCAACACCUAUUGCUACAACACAUCCAAACACCACAAUACCCACGAUGUCACCAACAUCUGCAGUUACUAACUCAACAACAGUUACUACAGCACCAACAACUGUAACAAAUUCAACACCUAUUGCUACAACACAUCCAAACACCACAACUACCACAAUGUCACCAACAUCUGCAGUUACCAACUCAACAACAGUUACUACAGCACCAACAACUGUAACAAAUUCAACACCUAUUGCUACAACACAUCCAAACACCACAACUACCACAAUGUCACCAACAUCUGCAGUUACCAACUCAACAACAGUUACUACAGCACCAACAACUGUAACAAAUUCAACACCUAUUGCUACAACACAUCCAAACACUACAACACCCACAUCAUCACCAACAUCUGCAGUUACCAACUCAACAAUAGUUGCUACAACAGGUGUGAACACAACAAAAGUUACUACAACUCCAAUAACUGUAACAAAUUCAACACCUAUUGCUACAACACAUCCAAACACUACAACACCCACAUCAUCACCAACAUCUGCAGUUACCAACUCAACAACAGUUACUACAGCACCAACAACUGUAACAAAUUCAACACCUAUUGCUACAACACAUCCAAACACCACAACUACCACAAUGUCACCAACAUCUGCAGUUACCAACUCAUCAACAGUUGCUACAACAGGUGUGAACACAACAACAGUUACUACAACACCCAUAACUGUAACAAAUUCAACACCUAUUGCUACAACACAUCCAAACACCACAACACCCACAUCAUCACCAACAUCUGCAGUUACCAACUCAACAAUAGUUGCUACAACAGGUGUGAACACAACAACAGUUACUACAACACCAACAACUGUAACAAAUUCAACACCUAUUGCUACAACACAUCCAAACACCACAAUACCCACGAUGUCACCAACAUCUGCAGUUACUAACUCAACAACAGUUACUACAACACCAACAACUGUAACAAAUUCAACACCUAUUGCUACAACACAUCCAAACACCACAAUACCCACGAUGUCACCAACAUCUGCAGUUACUAACUCAACAACAGUUACUACAGCACCAACAACUGUAACAAAUUCAACACCUAUUGCUACAACACAUCCAAACACCACAACUACCACAAUGUCACCAACAUCUGCAGUUACCAACUCAACAACAGUUACUACAGCACCAACAACUGUAACAAAUUCAACACCUAUUGCUACAACACAUCCAAACACCACAACUACCACAAUGUCACCAACAUCUGCAGUUACCAACUCAUCAACAGUUGCUACAACAGGUGUGAACACAACAACAGUUACUACAACACCCAUAACUGUAACAAAUUCAACACCUAUUGCUACAACACAUCCAAACACCACAACACCCACAUCAUCACCAACAUCUGCAGUUACCAACUCAACAACAGUUACUACAGCACCAACAACUGUAACAAAUUCAACACCUAUUGCUACAACACAUCCAAACACCACAACUACCACAAUGUCACCAACAUCUGCAGUUACCAACUCAACAACAGUUACUACAGCACCAACAACUGUAACAAAUUCAACACCUAUUGCUACAACACAUCCAAACACUACAACACCCACAUCAUCACCAACAUCUGCAGUUACCAACUCAACAAUAGUUGCAACAACAGGUGUGAACACAACAACAGUUAGUACAACGCCAAUAACUGUAACAAAUUCAACACCUAUUGCUACAACACAUCCAAACACUACAACACCCACAUCAUCACCAACAUCUGCAGUUACCAACUCAACAACAGUUACUACAGCACCAACAACUGUAACAAAUUCAACACCUAUAUCUACAACACAUCCAAACACCACAACACCCACGAUGUCACCAACAUCUGCAGUUACUAACUCAACAACAGUUACUACAGCACCAACAACUGUAACAAAUUCAACACCUAUUGCUACAACACAUCCAAACACCACAACUACCACAUCAUCACCAACAUCUGCAGUUACCAAAUCAACAACAGUUGCUACAACAGGCGUGACCACAACAACAGUUACUACAACACCAACAACUGUAACAAGUAAGUGCUUAGAAAUAUUGUUGUUUAUUAAAUUGUACCUCUCUGUUUAA